CCAAGCUCAGAGCUCCAGCAUGGAUGUACUGAGGAAGGGAUUCUCCAUCGCUAAGGAGGGAGUGGUGGCCGCCGCCGAGAAAACCAAGGCCGGGGUGGAGGAGGCAGCUGCCAAAACAAAGGAGGGGGUCAUGUAUGUGGGAACAAAGACAAAGGAAGGUGUUGUAACAAGUGUGAAUACAGUUGCCCAGAAAACAACUGAUCAGGCAAAUCUUGUGGGUGAGGUUGCUGUGGCUGGAGCCAAUCAGGUGUCAGAGAAGACGGUGGAGGGGCUGGAGAGUGUGGUCGCAUCCACCGGUCUAGUCAAACCGGGGGAGUUCUCGAAGCAAGAGGGAGCUGCAGGACAGCCUGCAGAUGCAGGACAGUAGGGUGAUGUUUUGAUGAACGCCCCUUGAUGAUGCCUGCCGUGAUGCCCUGCUUCUUUGCUUAAGUGGAGAGAGCUAAUUAGCUGCUGGCCAUGCUUGAAUAUGAUCAUUGCUAAACUCCUGAUGGACACAAAAUAAUAUCCUACUUCACAGAAAACAACCAGACCAUGUUUUUUCUCUUUUUCCUCACAAACAAACUCAACUUACCUCAAGUUUACCUCCUUCCUUCACAUAGACAUAUAACAUAUACAGAGUUACUCCUGUAAAAUCAGUUUAUUAUUUAGCUAUGUGAUAUUUAUCUAUAGUGUGUAAUGCACCUAACUUACCACAUUUGUGACAAUAUUAAAUGCACGUGCUUGUGUUUUGGAAAUUCUUAUAAAAACAAAAAGCCUGUCUUUAAUACCUGCCUUUAAAACAUGUGUCUACCAGUUUUCCUCCACCCAAUACAAUGAGGUUACUUGGAUUAGAAUAGAAUUAUUUCAGAUACAAAAACUUUUGAGCCUAUGCACACUGUCAAUCUAUUGUCAACUGUUGUUGCUUAUUACAUCUAAGACAAUGUUUGAGACCAGGACCAGAAAGCAGAACAUGAAAAAUAUUCAGAGUUCAAUACAAGUUAACCUUAAUCGACAGCAUUUGUGGAAUAAUAUCGAUUACCACAAGAAAUUAUUUUGACUUUCUCCUCCUUUUCUUUAAAAAACACAAAAAUCUGGGUUACAGUGCGGCUCUUACAAUGGAAGUGAAUGGUGGCCAAUCUAUAAACAUUAAAAUACCUGCUGUUUCAAAAGAUUAGCCACAAGAUGUAAACAAUAUGUGUUAACAUGAUUUUAGUGUGAUAAAAAUAAGUUACUAACCUUUUCUGUGUAGUUACAGACAAUUUUACAACUUUGUUGCCAUGACGAUGUGUGAUGUCAACAACCCCAAAACAAAAACGUUGCAGCUUAAAGAAUACAUGCGUUUUGAUAGAAUAAUUCAUGUAAUUGCUUUUAGAAAAUUAUUAGCUUCACAUUUCUGCAUUUACACCCUCCAAAAAUUGGUCCCCAUUCACAUCCAUUGUAAAUGCCUCACUGUAACCUCAGUUUUUGCUUCUUUUUUUCAAGAAAAGGAAGAAUGAGUACAAAUAUUUUGUUAAUUUCCAAGUCUGUUUAGGUAUUCUUAAGUAUUAUCUUUAUUAAGUAUAAUUACAGAGUGAUCAGUAUUGUAUUAAGGCUUUGAUGAUGUUAUUUUCUGUACAGUUAUUUGCUAAUAAAAAUGUGCAGAUUGCAAGGUUUCAGAUUUGUUGAGGUCUGUGGAAAUGCUUACAUUCAUUUUAACAAACUCAUAAAAUUCAUGUACUUGACUUAUUUCCCUUAAAGACUGAAAUGACAGCUGAUUUAUUUUUAAAUACUCCAUCUGUAAUAAAUUCAGUUUUGUGAACAAUAAAAUAAAAAUC